AUGGAUACAAAUAAUAAUAAUAGUCCAACUAGUGUAUCUUAUCAUAAAGAGAAUAUAUUAGGAUGUAAACAUUACCCAAGAUCAUGCAAGAUUAAAGCAGCUUGUUGUGGAGUGUUUUUUGUUUGUAGACUAUGUCACAACGAUCAGAGCAAGCAUGAGAUUGAUAGAUUUGCCACCAAAGAGAUCAUGUGUAUGAAGUGUCAGACUGUACAACCAGUUGCUGAAAAGUGUAUUGGUUGUGACAUACAAUUUGCUAGAUACUUUUGUGCACACUGUAAAUUCUAUGAUGAUACACCAGACAAGAAAAUAUAUCAUUGUGAUGAUUGUAAAAUAUGUAGAGUUGGUGAAAGAGAUAGUUUUAUUCAUUGUAAACGUUGUAAUGGAUGUUUAAACAAGGUUGGAUUUGAAAAACAUGUAUGUUUGGAUAAUAAAUUUGAAGAUAGUUGUCCUAUUUGUAUGGAAGAUCUGUUUUCAAGUCGUGAUCCAGUGGUUUCAUUAAAAUGUGGACAUAGUAUGCACAGUGAAUGCAAUGAUCAGUUUGCUAAAUCUGGAACCAUUCAAUGUCCAAUGUGUAAAAAGUCUGCAUACAACCUCACUGAAUACUGGUUGCGAAUAGACGCUCAAAUAGCAAGACAACCAAUGCCUAGAAUGUACGCAGGAUCAACAUGUUCAGUACUAUGUUGUGACUGUGACAAGAAAUCAAUGGAUAUUGCUCUUCACUUUUUAGGAAACAAAUGUCAACAUUGCAAUAGUUACAAUACAACAAUCAUUGGCAAAAAUUUACAAAUAGAUUCUUCUGCACCUGAAGAACCACUUCCAAAUCCAAAUCUUCCUCUUUCUGAUGAUGAGGAAGGUGAUGAUGAGGAUAUAGAUGAUGAUGAAGAUAUGGAUGAUGACGAAUUUGAUAUAGAUGAAGAUGAUGAAGAAGAGGAUGGCGAUGAAGAAGAAAUUCGACCAGGAUUUGGGGAAGAAAUAGAUUCAGUUCUAACUCCAAUAUUAGUUCAACAACUUUCACAACUUCCAGUUUUCAAUAGUAUUUUAAAUGGUGAGACCAAUCUUAUUGAUGAUCCUGCCAUCCAACAACUUCGACAAAAUCCUCAUAUCGAUCAACUAAUGAAUGUAUUACAACAAAGAUAUCAACAACAAAAUCAUAAUCCAAAUAAUCCUAAUAAUAAUAAUCCUAAUAAUAAUAAUAAUAACCAAUAA